AUGGAUCGGCAGAGUAAGCGUAACGGAUACUUGCACGGCACGUGUGCAACUCCGCUGGUGUAUACAGAGAACCCAACACCGAUCUCCUCCGUCAAUCACAGCCAAGCGAAGCGAGAGGGGGACUGCUCCGCCGACGUGGCUGGCUCGGUUCCUUACCUCGUCGCCCCGAAGGCCACGGCACGCAUGGCCUCCUUGGCCCCCGCGUUGCGGCCUCCGUCGAGGACGGCAAUGGGCUUCCACGGCCUGAAGAGGAGCUCUCGAUCUCGCUCCGCCCGGCUGGUCUCUGCUUCCGGAUCUCCUUCAAGAAGUUUCGUUGUCAAAGCCUUAUCCGAGAGCCACUUGCCAUUACUGGGGAAUAAAGCACCGGAUUUCGAGGCCAAAGCUGUUUUUGAUGAGGAGUUCAUAAAGGUUACAGAAUGCUUGACACAGCUGCAAUCACAUUCUUGCUGAGUUUAGGAUCUGGCUUCAUCGACGUCUCUCUCGGUUUCCAUCCAGCAGAGCAAACCUCUUCUGGCUCUCUUGAACAUACUGCAGUGCCUGCAAGACAGGAAAAGCUACUGCACUGUAUGACAUGUAUUGAACAAUCACAGCUAGAUGAAGAAUUUAAACAACUGCAAAGAGGAGACAUCCCUCUAAGAUACUAACAAUGCCAAGGAAGAAAUUGCAGGUGGUUUAUAGCUUAUUCUGUAGUUAAAAUCCUGUCUUAUGUUUGGAAAAUGGCAGUCACAUUGUCUGACAAAGUAUGUGAAGUUCGAAGCUCUAA